GAAUCAAACCAAUCUGAUAAUCAGAAAUCUGAACAUAAAGAUCAUUGCGAAUAUGGACAAUUAAUUAAAUUCGUUGAAAAGGAAUUAAAGCAAAGCAAUCUUGAUGGUGAUUAUAAGCUAAGAUUAACUGCUUUGUUGCAGUAUCUAAGGCUUGUUAACCAUAAAGAGCUAAAAAUUAAAGCAAGCCUCUAUAUUGCAUGGCAAUUAAAUAAAGGAUCAUAUUUCACACGUUAUCUUAAAGCAUGGGAAAAAUUA